AUGUCUGAUAGAGAGUUUGGCUCGAAUGAUGACCUAUCGCUUCCCAAAGCGACGGUCCAAAAGAUCAUUACAGAGAUCCUACCACCAUCGUCCGGUCAAACAUUUUCCAAGGAUGCUCGAGAUUUGCUCAUGGAAUGCUGCGUCGAAUUCAUUACUUUGAUCUCUUCUGAGGCCAACGAUAUUAGCGAGAAGGAAGCAAAGAAGACAAUCGCUUGUGAACAUGUGGAGCGGGCGCUACGUGACCUUGGAUUCGGUGACUAUAUUCCCGAUGUCCUUGCCGUCGCCGAGGAACAUAAGGAGCAACUGAAGUCGCGAGAAAAGAAGCAAAGCAAGAUGGAACAAAGCGGCCUGACCGAGGAGGAACUGUUACGACAGCAGCAAGAGUUGUUUCGCUCGGCCACAGAAAAAUACAACGCUGCUCCGGAAUGA